GGCUGUGGUGAUUUGGAGGAACCUUAUCCGAGUUUGUCCGACUAUCAUGACUACGAGCCGAACCUCGAAUUCGACGAUUCCGAAGUCAUUCAUGCCGCUGCUGCAGUGGCCAUCGAUGAUCCGUUUGUCGGUGUGUUUCUCCCUGCGAACCGAAUCGAUAAGUUGCGUGCGUUGGCUUUUUCUUCUUUCUCCUGUCGACCCGGCCCCAAACCUGAGCCUUCGUAG